UGUCCAAAGUGGCAUUUCAGCAAUUACAGGGAAUGGCAUUUAAAAGACUACAAGUCCCAUAAACCUCUGCGCCUGUCAGUGACGUCAUCCGGAGCCCGGACCCGGCGUAGCUCUGUCAGCAGCGGUGUGCGUUUGGCAACAAAAGAGUGUUUUUGGAGGAGUUAGCGACGUUUUCUCGACGACAGUAUUAUUGUUGUGGGACUUUAUCACAGCCUCCGUUUCAGGCAGUAGUUGGGAGCGAUGACACCGCCGCUGUCGCUGUCCGUUGGAGGAAGAGGAAGAGGAAGGAGGUGAUGAUGAUUACAUGCAGUUAGCUGGCUGCCUGGCUGGCUGACGGACCGACGCACCAGAGCCCACUUUUGUGUGUGGUGUCUCCCACUACAGCCGGGGCAGGAUCCGGGACGAAGAGAGGCGAAGAUGCCGCGGAGAAAACAGUCCAACCCCCAGCCGGUGAAAUUGGAGUCGGAGGACGGGGAGGUGGUGUGUGAGCCGGGCUGCCUGGUUUUGGAGAGCGACUUCCUGCUGAGCGGGGAGCUGGAGUUUGGAGACUCUGAGAUCAUGGGGCUGGAAAGAGAGGCUGGUAUGACGGUCUUCUCUCUGAGCGUGGAGGACGACCCCUCGGCCCCAACAGACUCCACUUUCCCAGCGUUCCUCUCCUGUAAAGGGUGCGGUCAGCUGUUGGGAGACACGCCUCUGGGGGCGGGCUUAGAUCUCGGUGUGGGUCUGGACCUGGGGGCGGAGCUUUAUUGUCUAACCUGUGAGGAGGGCCUCCAGCAUGCGGCCUCCAUCGACUCGCCUCAGGUGGAGGAGUCGAACCUGUCGGACAGAUCCAUCAGCAGCGGCUCCGACAGGAAGAGGAGGAGCGCGGGUAAGACGGGCGCCGCCGACGAUGUCCCUGCUAAACUGUUCUCCUGCUCGCUGUGCGCCUUCACCUCGCGUUACUCCAACCACCUCAAACGCCACAUGAGGAUCCACGACGGCCAGAAGCCGUACCACUGCCCCGUCUGCCCCUACGCCUCGGCGCAGCUCGUCAACCUGCAGCGCCACGCCCGCACGCACACCGGAGAGAAGCCGUACCGCUGCCCCCAGUGCAGCUACGCCUGCAGCUCCCUGGGCAACCUGCGGAGGCACCAGCGCAUGCACACGCAGGAGAGACCGCAGAGGAGGGAGAAGGAGAAAAGACGAGGGAGGCGGAAAAAAACAAGCGCUGGGACUGAAGACGUCGUGUCAGACCUCACCCUGCGGGUGUCCCAGGACUCGGGCUACCUCCAGACGCUGGGGGGCCUCGGCUCUCCCUCCGCCCCGCUCCCCGUCCUCCUCUUCCCCCUGUGCUGCCGGGUGUGUGGCCUCACCCUGGAGGAGGCCGACCUGGAGGGCGACAAGGCCGAGGGGGAGGGGGAGGGGGAGGGGGAAGGCGACGCAGGACAGGUGUGUCGUCGCUGCUCGUUGGACCUGCUGUCUAAAGAUGGAUCCGGACCUCCCCUCAGCCCGGCCGUGUCUCGGGGAUCCCGCCGGGGUCAGCGAAGCACCAAGCUGUACCGCUGCCCUCACUGCCCCUUCCUGUCGCACUACCCCAACCACCUGGCCCGCCACGCGCACACCCACUCUGAGGAGAAACCCCACCGCUGCCCCCACUGCCCCUACACCUCCUCGCACCUCGACAACCUCAAGCGCCACAUGCGCGUGCACACGGGCGAGAAGCCCUACCAGUGCCCGUCGUGCAGCUACGCCUGCGGGAACCUGGCCAACCUGCGGCGACACGAGCGCAUCCACUCGGGCGCCAAGCCGUUCCACUGCGGCGUCUGCGGCUACUCCUGCAACCAGAGCAUGAACCUGAAGAGGCACAUGCUGCGGCACACGGGUGAGAAGCCGUACGCCUGCGCCGAGUGCAGCUACACCACGGGCCACUGGGACAACUACAAACGCCACCAGAGGAAACACGGGCACAACACGGACAGCUGGGACAAACACACGCCCCUCAACGGCCUCAGCUGGGGCAAAGACACUCAGGAGAGCCCGAGUCAGGGAGAGGAACACAGUUAGAGUGUGUGUGUGUGUGUGUGUGUGUGUGUGUGUGUGUGUGUGUGUGUGUGUGUGUGUGUGUGUGUGUGUGUGUGUGUGUGUGCGUGUGUGUGUGUGUGUGUGUGUGUGUUUAUACACUGGUGAACCUCCAGCUCAGGUUGGAGCUAAACUCAGGUGCCUUUGACAGACUGAACGACUGUAACGCUGCACUGACUUUAUAACGGGGCAUUAAUGUGUGUGUGUGUGUGUGAUGCAUGCACACACGCUCGCAUCACACUGACUUUAAAUCAGUGACAUCAUCAGGUUUCUCUCUUCUCCUCGGUAACAGAAUCGUGAUCUGAAUCUGAUGAAGUGAAAUGUUUAUUUUUCCUCUACAGAGAAUCUAUAUUUUGCUAAUGUGGUGGAUUUGUGGGUUUUUCAUACGAGCACGGUGGAUCAUCAUCUCACAGGCUUUCAGAGGAUUUAAUUCAGAGGUCUGGGGGUUUGUUUUCUUUUAGUUUUGUUUUCAAAUCCUGGAUUCUACAAAAAGCAAAACGCAGUCAAACAGCCACGUGUGGAAAACGGACGUGCACUGGAUCCCUGCUGUUAACCUCAACUAGACAAAUACAGCUUAACUCUAACACAUGCUGAUGCUGUCAAUGAGGAGGAAUUUCACACUGUUACUUCCUGUUUUGGCUUAAAAACCAUCCAGAAUUUUUCAGAUCUAUUUCCUGGAAUUCAAAUACCUUCAGGUUUUGAUUAUUUCUCUUUCAGCACAGAUUUAGUGAAACUCGGUUUGAUUUCAGUCACGAAAGAAGUUUUAUUUUAUUAAAUCAGGAACUUUAACUCCAAACAUUGAGAGAUCUGGUGUUUGUUUUUUUGUAAUUCUGUGAUGAACUUUGGACUCGAGCUUCAGUUGUUGACAGAAACUUUUCCCGCCUCUGUAGAUGAUGUGAAACCUGUUCUUCUGGGGCGAGAAUCCCAAAGGUGUGUUUCUUCAGGCAUUAGUACUCCUGUGUUUAAUAAGCUAUAGAAUCAAGUAGCAGUCAAUCAAGUCCAGGCUCAGAAAGCAGAUCUGGAAACUGUGAAUUUAUCAGAAAUAGAGUCUCCAGUAGAAAUGGAAUAAACAAAGCUGAACAUUUAACAGCCAGAUGUUUGACAGAUGAGCUGGUUUUAUCACUGCUGGUUGUCAACGAGCCGUCGCUCUCUGAGAACGGAUGAAUUUUCUGCACUUUUGUGAUACUUUUCAGAAAACGCUCCAGGGAUUGUCUCGUCAUACAGAUCCAUCAAUUUGACCUUUUUAUGCUUCAGAGGUUGGAAGUGUUGAACUGCUCCUUUGAUCUUCAUGCUGAUGUAUUUUUGUGAUAAUCCAGUGGGUUUUUAAAGGGAUUUACCAGCAAUGAUGUGUUACAUUUUUAAACAAGAGCAAUUCUGAUAUGGUAUUUAGAAAUCAGUAUUUUUAAUAUCUUUUAACAGAAUAAAAGUGUCAAAAGAAAUGACCUUUCAAUAGGAAUAUCUGGUUUGCUUCCCGACUUCUGUACAGAGCUGCAGCUAACAAUUACUUUCACCGUUAGUUUGAGAUGAGCUUGUUCAUGAUGUCAUCUAUAAAAUCACUGAAAAUGAGGAAAAUGGCCGUCACCAAUGUCUUGUUCUUUUCUGACCAGUGAUGGGGAAUAAAUGCCAAAAUUUUCUGUCACAUGACACAGAGAAAAGCAGGAAAUCCCCACAGUUAAGAGAUGAGAAAAUAGUUGAAUUUAUGUCUGACUGUUUCUUCUCUUUAACCUCAUUAAGUGAAAAACAAAUUAACUAAUUAAUAUUUAGUUUUGGGAAAUAAAUCAACAAAACAAAUUCCAACUGAAGCUUCAUUUACAGUUUUUUUUUCCCCAGAGCUUUCAAAGUUUUCUCAUCUGAUCUGUAGCAACUUGUGAAGAAGACCAUGUGAGUGAAAGCUCCAAAAUAAGCCAGUAUGUGGACCUUGAAUUGGGAUUGUUUUAACAGAUAUUGUCUUUUCUAAAACUUGGCUUUAACUUUUCAAAAAUGCUUUUUUUCAUGUUUUGAAAGUUUGAGACUCUUUUAUUUUAAAUUCUAGAAAUUUAUAUUUUUCUUUCCUCUUUUAAGAAGCAUUUGAACUCAACACAGUUCAUGAUGGAGCUUUUAGAAAACCCUCCGCUGAGUGUGGAGGAAAGUUUUCAGAAGGUAAAUUACAUUAAAAUGUUAAAAAGAAAACAACGCAGCUUCCACAUUUACCGGCUCAGGUUCGGAUGUGUCGUAUGAGUUUGGGUAAAAGUAACACAGAUGAAGUGCCGUGUCUCACCAAUGCAGCAGUAUUGUAAGUUUUAUCUCAUGAACUACAAGUCGUAACCAUGGUUACCAGACGCGUGGACGUUGAUGGACGCCUGCAGUGUCAAAGUGAUUUGUAGUAACUGGGAUAAAACGUUGAAAACCACUGGAAUGAUGAUGUUGAGAGCUGACGCUGAUGUUCACGGUGCCUUCGUAUCUCCAAUAAAAACGAGUCUGAUUGAA